UAUGAAUUAAAUUAGAGAAAUUGCACUCUACAGAGAGAGAGAGAGAGCCACCCACCCACCUUGAUUCAGUGAUCCUCACAAACCGGCGUAAUCCAUUUGCACCAAAAUCGCAACAAUACUUCAAACAUUAAUUCAUCCAUACGAGGUUUAUCUCUUCCUUCAUCAAAUCUCUCGUCUUUAAGGGCAAAGUUUGAUUUAUACAUUUCCAAGUUUUCAUCGACAUUCUGAUAAGAAGAGUUUUGCUAUAAGGAUUUUCUUGAUGGGUUCAUUUCUUGUGAUAGUAUAGUCGAACUAGUGUAAACAACAUGGAGGAUAUUCAAUUGAACAUCAAUUGGGACGAUGUUGUUUGUCCCAUAUGUUUGGAUAUUCCUCAUAAUAGUGUGCUCCUUCAAUGUUCGUCGUAUGAUAAAGGAUGCCGUCCUUUAGUCUGCGACACAAACCAAUUGCAUUCGAAUUGUUUGGAUCGUUUUAAAAGUGCUUGUGGCAUGCCAUCCUCUUUGGUUUCGGAUGCAUUUUCUGUUGAAAAUGGCGAGCCUGUGGUAUUGGAUUCGGAUGGUCAAUGCAGUCUAACUUGCCCUUUGUGUAGAGGUCAAGUAUCUGGGUGGAUUGUUCUCGAUAAAGCUCGCACACAUCUUGACGUGAAGAAGCGUUGUUGUGAUGAGGUGAAAUGUAAAUUCACAGGAAGUUAUUCAGAGCUACAAAAGCAUGCUCAACUUGAACACCCUCAUGCGUGUCCGUCGAAAAUUGAUCCCGCUAGAUUGCUUGAUUGGGAGAAUUUUCAGCAAUCCUCGGAGAUCAUAGAUGUUUUGAGCACUAUCCAUUCAGAAAUCCCACGUGGGAUGGUUUUGGGAGAUUAUGUGAUUGAAUAUGGUGAUGACGACGAUAGAGAUGAGUACGACGACUUCCCUGGAGACAAUGGUAACUGGUGGACCUCGUGUAUUUUGUAUCAGGUCUUUGAUAACUUUAGAAGUUCUAGAAAUAGGAGAAGGAUAAGAAACAGUGAUGCACGAAGGGGUAAUCGCCGUUUAAGUUAUGACACUUCAAAUUCUGACGAAGGUUCUAUAGCAUCCGUGGAUUAUGCUGAUUACAGGAUAGAUGAGACCGAUGAUGAGAUUGUAAACACAGGUGGCUCCUCAAGGCAUAGCAGUGGUUAUCGCAGAUCACGACGGCGCCAAUCACCGCGUUCAUGACAUUUAGGUUCACGAUAUGAUUCGAAGCAGGGCGGAAUGAGGAAUGGUCAAGUAAAAAUGCGCCUAUCUAUGCAAAAUUACAUCUAGAUCAACUAUUGCACUUUCAAUGAGAUGUGCAGAUUGGAAGACUUUAUGAACUUGUCAUUUCCAUUUCGACACAUACUCUGUUUCUUUUAUAAUUAGUUUUUUUUUUCUUUUUUUUAUUUAUUUAUAAACUUUUAUGAUUAGUUUUAAAAUCACAUUCACUUAUCAAGUCUAAGUGAAGAAGGUAUGCUAGCAAUAGGAUGCCCUUUAAUUUACUCAUGGGCAUAGUGAUUUCAUCACCAGCAUUGUGCUGCAUACUUAUGCAAUAAUGAUUUUUAUGCAACAAUUAUUAUUUUAAAUUCUCAUUUCCUUGUACAUAUGUUUCUAUGUUUAUAUAUAUAUAUACAUA